AUGCAAAAUCAAUUUUUUUCCUUUGCGAUUUUGGAUGACAGAUUUUUAAUAGCUUUCACUGACAGUGUUUUGCCGGGUAUUGGAUGUUUGGGUUACUGUAGUUACUUGCAGGUUGAAUUACACGUCCAUUUGGAUGGGUCGGUUAGGUAUAGCACUCUUCUUGAUUUAUCACGUGAAAAGAAUAUGCCAAUUAAGAACGCAAAGACCGUUGAAGAGCUCAAGGAGUUACUGCUAUCUGACGAACCUGCAAAUCUUUCCAAAGUUCUGGCAGCUUUCGAUCUAUAUAUGCCAGUCUUAGCGGGAGACAAAGACGCUAUUGAACGGAUUGCGUAUGAAAUGUGUGAAGAUCAAGCAAAAAGUGGUGUGGUUUAUUUCGAGGCUCGAUAUUCCCCACACUUGCUAUGCAACACUGUGAACAAUUCUGUUGCCACAAUUUAUGGCCAUGUUUACAACGGCAAAGGGCCUCUUUCUCCAAAAGCUGUCGUUGAGGCUGUAGUACGAGGCUUUAAUCGUGGUGAGGAGGAUUUCAAAGUCAGGGCUCGUUCAAUUCUGUGCUGCAUUUGUGGAUUUCCUGACUGGAACAAAGAAGUACUUGAAAUUGCGAAAGAAAUGAAGAAUCAAGGAGUGGUUGGAAUAGAUAUUGCCGGUUGGUCCAGUGGAGCGGAUGAACAGUAUGGCGACGAUGUUUUGGAAGUGUUUCAGGCUGCAGAAAAAUUUGGCGUUCAUCGUACGGUUCAUGCUGGUGAAGCUGGUGAGGCUAAAGAAGUUAUUCGUGCAGUCGAUUUAAUGAAGGCGGAACGUAUUGGGCACGGGUAUCGCCUAAUGAGAAAUGAUACUGCUUAUCAGAAAAUUGCAGUAGAACAACGUAUACAUUUUGAAGUUUGUCCAUAUUCGUCUCUCAUGACAGGAUCUGUACCAGUUAAUUGGACUCAGCAUCCUCUCAAGAAGAUGGCUGCAGACGAUAUUAAUUACUCUAUCAAUACUGACGAUCCUACAUGUUUUGAAAACAACCUGAUGACCGAAUAUCAACUAGCGAAGAAUGAUAUAGGACUAACGAAGAUGCAGCUGUGGAAAUCUGUAAAUAAAAUUCCACUAUUAGUUGCCAAUCCUUCAAAACGUCGGCCUAAUUGA